AUUCGACAAUAUAUUCGUUCGUCAAUCAAUGCAUAUAGCUCAGCACUGACAAACAAGAUCUUCGUUGCUGCCGAAUUUCGUCUUUGUAAAAUAUGGUCGCUCCAGCAUGGGCCGGAAGAGUAGAUAUGUACCGAAAGGUACCGGCGGACUUGAUGGAAGGCUCGAAGUCAGGCUCGUACUUCAGCUACUUUGCUGUCGCAGGGAUGUUGCUUUUGUUUCUAAUGGAAUCCAGCGAAUUUUUCGCUAAGAAGCUAGUGACAGAUUUGGCAUUAGACUCCAACAAGGAUCCGCGAGUUCGUCUGAAUUUCAAUAUAACGCUGAUGGAUCUUCGCUGUGAGUAUGCGGUAGUCGACGUAGUUUCAGUGCUUGGCACCGAACAGAAUGUCUCGUCGCACAUUACGAAAUGGGGCGUAGAUGCCGAGGGCGUACGCAAGCGGUACGCUGGCCGUAAUAAGGAUCAGAAAGAUAUAAAAAUGUUCGACAGUAGCGUGACGAGCACUAUCGAAGAGUUGUACAGCGAUGGCGAAGAUGCAGUCAGCUUGGACGAGGAGACCCUGGAGUAUGCUCUGAGAGAUCAGCAAUACCUGUUCGUCGAUUUCUAUGCGUCAUGGUGCUCUCACUGCCGCGCUUUGGCGCCAACAUGGGAGACACUUGCGGAAGUUAUGAGCGAUGUAGCCGAAGAUCUAGUGGAACAACACGAUCACGAGUAUUCUGAAGAGGAGUACGAGCAUGCGAAGAAAGUUGAAAUGCCUGUUAUGAUUGCUAAAAUUGAUUGCGUUCUACACAAGCAGGUUUGCAUGAAACAAGGGAUUUUGGGAUAUCCGACGUUAAGGCUGUUUGUGGAUGGUGAGAGAUGGAAGGGUGGCGAUUACCGUGGGGAUCGAACUGUGGUUGCCUUUGCUGACUGGUUACAACAGGUCGAAGACGCUCACAAGACAGACACCGAAAACUCAAGUGCAAAGAACGUCCAAUUGGCUCAUAUGGCCGCGAAAGACCGUUUGGAUAGCGAAGAUGAAGGAUCUGACGAGGAGCAUGAGUGGGCAGAAAAGGUCAAGCGCCACAAGCAGCGGCUUCAUCACAGUUGGGUUGAUGCUGAGCACCCUGGUUGUAACAUUGCUGGUCAUCUAUUAUUGGAUAGAGUGCCCGGAAACUUUCACAUUCAGGCUCGUUCCCCUCAUCAUGAUCUCGUCCCUCAUAUGACCAACGUCUCCCAUGUUGUUCAUCAUUUAUCAAUUGGAGAGCCGGUGGCAGAACGAUUGAUUGAGCAAGAGAAAGUGAUUCUUCCUGAGGACGUAAAGCGAAAGCUUAAACCAAUGAAUGGGAAUGCAUAUGUGACAAAAGAGCUCCAUGAAGCUUAUCAUCACUACCUGAAGGUCAUCACAACGAAUGUGGAUGGGCUAAAGUUUGGGAAGCGCGAUCUUAGGGCAUACCAGAUACUUCAGAGUAGCCAGUUGUCUUUCUAUCGAAACGAUAUAAUACCAGAGGCCAAGUUUGUGUUUGAUCUUUCGCCAGUUGCUGUCUCUUAUCGGACAACAUCUCGGCGUUGGUACGACUACUUCACAUCGAUCCUGGCAAUCAUUGGCGGAACAUUUACCGUUGUUGGUUUAUUGGAAUCGACCAUACAUGCGACGGUAGCCCGAAAGAGAAGAUAUUGAAAGACGUGCCAUGGAUAAUUGCAGGCUAUUCGAAUGGCGCUGUGGGCGUAAUGCCAGUCAAACCAGAGGAAGAUCUUGUAUGAGUUCAUACUGUUUGCUAGCAGAUACCACCAAACUGUAUUUCACAUCAAUAUAAUUGCAAGUCCAGCAUUCUGUGGUCGAUACUUUUUCGUAUGGGACGCUUCAUUCCCUUAGAUCUUCAAUUCAGUCAUUCUUCAAUUUC